GACGAUGGGUUCCUAGCCAGAGCCGAGGCCAUGGGGGUGAUGGACAUCUCAAAGCCCUCGGGUGGCCACCAGCUGAUGAAGCCGGAGGGGCUGUACGGACACACCCCUGACUUCACCGGCCACAACGGCGGGCCACCACGUCACCAGAUGCCUAUGCACCCCCACCCCCACCAUCACCCCCACCCCCACCAGCAUCACGGGUUCGGGCCCUCCGACUCCAUGUUCGACCAGCUGACCGGGUCGCCCAACGGGCCCCCUGGAAUGUCCCUGGGGCCCGUCCCCUCCAUGUCGGAGCACCACAACAACCUGAUGGGCUCGGGGGGCCCUGUCCACCCCCAGCACCACCAAAUGUACACGCCUAUGUACUCCCACCCCUCGUCCGUCGUCAACUCGCACCCGGGGCUCCCCCCGCACCCGGGGAGCAUGCACCACCAGGGGGUCCACGAGUCGGACUGCGACCCCCGGGAGCUCGAGAUGUUCGCCGAGCGGUUCAAGCAGAGGCGCAUCAAGCUCGGGGUGACGCAGGCCGACGUCGGCGCCGCCCUGGCCAACCUCAAAAUUCCCGGGGUCGGCUGCCUGAGCCAGAGCACGAUUUGCCGUUUCGAGUCACUGACGCUGAGCCACAAUAACAUGAUCGCCCUCAAACCGAUCCUCCAGACGUGGCUGGAGGACGCGGAGAAGCAGGCCCGCGAGAGGAAGGCCGAGCUGGAGAACGGACUCAACGGGGACAAGAAGCGCAAGAGGACAUCCAUCGCGGCGCCGGAGAAGAGGUCCCUGGAGGCGUACUUCGCCGUCCAGCCGAGGCCGUCCGGGGAGAAGAUCGCGCAGAUCGCCGAGAAGCUGGACUUGAAAAAAAACGUUGUGAGGGUGUGGUUCUGCAAUCAGAGACAGAAGCAGAAGCGGAUGAAGUUUUCCGCCAUUGCCGCCGGCAUGGGCAUGGGGCACCACUGA